UCAAAAGGCAUUUCCUGCCCGCAGCGGACCAUCAUGCUGCUUCUUGGUCUCAUUGUUCAAGGCAAUAAGAUAAUAUAAAUAUAUUCUCAAGACCCAGGGCUGGGUCUGACCUUCAGUCUUUGGCUGGAUGACUAGUUAGUUACAGAGGCAAUAUUAGACAACAUGUCUGAACCGAUUCCUGGGCCAGCACCGUUGCCCAUUGUCGGGAAUGCUUAUAACCUUGACCUUGUAAACUCCUUCACCACCUUUGGGAACCUUACAGAUACAUAUGGUGCGUCUUGGUCAUUUCAAAAAGAUGUUUUGAGAGAAAGGGCGUGCUGACAAGAUGGUGUGAAGGACCAAUCUUCAGGCUUACCCUGGGUGGUGAGGAGAAGAUCUUCAUCACCACUCAGUCCUUGAUGGAUGAGGUCUGCAAUGAGAAGCGAUUCUCGAAACUCGUCGCUGGCAGUCUGGCCCAGAUCAGAAACGGAGUCCAAGAUGGGCUUUUCACAGCUCACCCGGGGGAACACAACUGGGAGAUUGCACAUCGUGUUUUGAUGCCAGGUAAGUAUCAGAUGGCGAUGGCGCGAUGUUCGUUGAUUAGAGGCAGCUUUGCUGACGAAAAGGGGAUAAGCGUUUGGUCCGUUAUCAAUUCGGGCCAUGUUCGAUGAGAUGCACGAUAUUGCAUCACAGCUAGUGAUUAAAUGGGCGCGGUUUGGUCCCAAUGAGAAGAUACAUGUCACAGAUGAUUUCACGCGCCUGACUCUUGACUCUAUCGCCUUGUAAGUCUGGCAUUACUCUUAGCUCGACCACUUUUGAGCUUGCUUACUGAUGGAAUGACGUAGAUGUGCCAUGGGGACCCGAUUCAACUCAUUCUAUCAUGAGGAUAUGCACCCUUUUGUUCACGCCAUGGUUGGGUUCUUGGCCGAGUCUGGAGCCAGAGCAAGUCGGCCAGCUGUUGUUCAAUACUUUAUGCACUCAGCCCAACAACAAUAUGAUGCCGAUAUUGAGCUGAUGAAAAAGGUCGCCGGGGACCUGGUUGCGGACCGGAAAGCCAAUCCCAAUGACAAAAAGGACCUGCUCAAUGCCAUGCUAAAGGGGAAGGAUGCUAGAACUGGAGAACAGAUGACUGAAGAGAGUAUCAUGAACAAUAUGAUAACUUUCUUGAUUGCCGGUUGGCUGAUACCCUUUUCCAGAUCGUACGCUUUGCCGACUUUGCAUAGCUAAUUUGAUCUUAUAGGUCACGAGACAACCAGCGGCCUUUUGUCGUUCUUGUUUUACUAUCUCUUGAAACAUCCAUCAGCGUACCAAGCUGCGCAGCGUCAGGUGGAUGAAGUCGUGGGCCGUGGACCUAUUACUGUCGAGCAUAUGUCGAAGCUGCCCUAUAUAGAGGCUUGUAUGCGUGAAACUCUCAGACUUUCGCCUUCUGCAAUUGCUAUCCAAAUGCAGCCCCGGUCAGACAGUCAGGAGGACCCUAUUUACCUUGGCAAGGGGAAGUAUGAGAUUAAAAAGGGCCAGGCAAUUGUUUGCGUCAUCCCUCAAAUUCAUCGUGACCCAACAGUGUAUGGAGACGAUGCCAAUCUCUUCAGGCCAGAACGGAUGCUGGAUGAGCCUUUUGCAAAACUCCCUAAAAAUUCCUGGAAGCCUUUUGGCAAUGGUAUACGUGGAUGUAUUGGAAGGCCAUUUGCAUGGCAGGAGACCAUCUUAACUGCUGCAAUGCUCCUCCAGAAUUUCAACCUGCGAUUUGACGACCCAAGCUACCAGCUGCAGAUAAAACAGACACUUACUAUUAAGCCCAAAGACUUUUUUAUGCGCGCGACGCUAAGACACAAUGUCGACCCUGUUCAGCUGGAGAAGAUGCUUCAUGUGAAUAUAGAUGCAGAAGCUAAGGCCGCAGAGAAGGAUAGGGCAACCGGUAUCUCCUCUGUUGGACCGGCAAAGAGACCCAUGACAAUACUCUACGGCUCAAACGCAGGAACUUGUGAGGCAUUGGCACAGAACUUGGCUAGAGAUGCCUCGAGUAGAGGCUAUAGUGCACAAGUUGGUCCCUUGGAUUCGGGUGUUGACAAAGUACCCAAGGAUCAGCCGGUGAUCGUCAUAUCGUCCAGUUAUGAAGGGCAGCCACCAGACAAUGCCGCACAUUUUGUCGAGUGGAUCCAAGGGCUCGCUAGUGGUACAAUGACCGGAGUGAAAUACGCAGUUUAUGGCUGCGGGAAUCAUGAUUGGACCUCGACGUUUCACAGAAUACCAAAACUCCUGGAUGCAGAGUUCAACAGGUGCGGUGCGACUAGAGUCACUGAUGUUGGCCUUGGGGACGUAGCAGAUGGUGAUAUCUUCAACCACUUCGAUAAAUGGCAGGACGAGCAACUUUGGUCCUCUAUUGGCGGCGACGUCGACCCUGCCGAAGAGGGUACAGUGGAGGUUGACAUCGAUACAGAUGCGCGGAAGUCUACACUCCGUCAGGACGUGAGAGAAGCAACUGUCAUCAGUAACAAAGUACUGACAGCACCUGGAGAACCAGAGAAGAGGCACCUUGUUUUAACGCUUCCUACCGGGAUGUCCUACAAAGCUGGAGAUUAUCUUGCCGUACUUCCUAUAAACGACCAGAGAAAUAUCCGACGAGCCCUGAAUCGUUACAACCUCCCGUGGGACGCAAUGUUGACAAUCAAGGUUGGCGCUAAUACUACCUUGCCAACGGGCCACCCUGUUUCUGCAAUGGAUGUAUUGAGUGCGUAUGUCGAGCUGGGCCAACCAGCGACGAGAAAGAACGUUGCUCGAAUCGCUUCCAGUAUAUCAGACGAGAAGGUCCGGGAGGAAGUCCUUGCUCUUUCAAAGGAAGGAUUUGAAAAUGAGAUUUUGAAGAAACGCCGCUCUCCGUUGGAUCUUCUCGAGGAAUAUCCAACAGCCGAGCUGCCUCUUGGAGACUUCCUUGCAAUGCUGCCACCGAUGCGCAUUCGCCAAUAUUCAAUUUCUUCCUCACCAUUAGCAGACCCAACUGUUGCGUCUAUUACCUGGUCAGUUCUCGAUGCGCCGUCCCGGGUUGCCGAUUCAAAGCGGUUCCUUGGUGUGGCAUCCAACUUCCUCUCCAAAGUCCAAGAAGGCGAUAGGAUCCAUGUUGCCGUGAAGCCAAGCCAUGGCAACUUCCACCCUCCCAAGGACACUGAAAAUACACCUGUCAUGAUGUUCUGUGCCGGGACUGGCCUUGCCCCUUUCCACGGUUUUGUUCAAGAGAGAGCAAUCCAGAUCCAAGCGGGCCGAAAAGUGGCCCCCGCGUACCUUUUCAUCGGAUGCAGGCAUCCCGAAAGAGACGCUCUUUUCAAGGAUGAGCUUCAGAAAUGGGAGACUGAUGGUGUAGUGACAGUGUUUUAUGCAUUUUCUGCAGCAAGUGAGCAGAGCAAGCGCUGUCGAUACGUCCAAGACAGGCUGUGGGAGGAACGAGGUGAGAUGAGAAAGGUCUUUGACAGGGGAGCAAAGCUCUAUGUUUGCGGUACUAGCAGGGUUGGAGAAGGCAUCGCAUCUACCGUGAAGAAGAUAUUCCAGGACUAUUGCGCCUCUAUUGGCAAGCCAAAGACGGACGAAGAGGUAGAGCGCUGGUUCCAGGAUAUCAAGAGCGACCGGUUUUCCUCUGACGUCUUCGCAUAACGCUGGCUGUCCCAUUCAUAUACAGAGUCCUGUGUAUAUCUAUACUAUUCGGCCUGUGGGUAUCGUCCGCUCUAAAUCGCGACAUCUCGCUAUUUUAGUAUUUCAGCAUCAAAAUCAAUAAUCAAUUGUCCUUUGUCAAUUUUUCACCUAAAAGAACAAAAUUUAUAUUCAGCGUUGAAUACUUGCUUAUGUAAUACAUAACUGACUAACCGUCGCCAGCCACC